AUGGCACCAGCAGCAGAAACCGCCACCUCCACCCCUCAAGACACCCAAACUCAACCCUACGAUGCCGCCCGUCCCUACGCUGGCCGUGUCGCCUUGAUCACCGGCUCCGGACGCGGUAUUGGUCGUGGAAUGGCCCUUGAACUUGCCUCCCGUGGUGCCUCCGUAGUCGUAAACUACGCCAAAUCCGCAUCCGCCGCCGAAUCGGUGGUAUCUGAGAUCAAGAAGUUCGGCAGCAAAGGUAUUGCCAUUCAAGCCGAUGUCUCCAAGCCAGCUGAAAUCGUCCGUCUCUUCGACGACGCCAUCGCUCAUUUCGGACGUCUCGAUUUCGUGAUCUCAAACUCGGGAACUGAGGUUUGGAGUAAAGAGGAAGAUGUCACACCUGAGGACUUUGAUUAUAUUUUUAACUUGAACUGCAGAGGACAGUUCUUCGUCGCACAGCAGGGUCUUAAGCAUCUUGGCCAGGGAGGCAGAAUUAUCUUGAUGAGUUCGAUUGCGGCGCAGAUGUCUGGUAUUCCAAACCACGCAUUGUAUGCUGGAUCAAAGGCAGCUGUUGAGGGUUUUGCUAGAAGUUUCGCCGUGGAUUGCGGACACAAGGGUGUUACCGUCAAUGCUAUUGCACCAGGAGGAAUCAAGACUGAUAUGUUUGAUGCUAAUGCAUGGCAUUAUGUUCCAAAUGGAACACCAGACAUGAGUAUGGAGAUUAUUGAGAAGGGAAUUGCGAGAUUCUGCCCACUGCAGAGAUGUGGUGUCCCAGCGGAUAUUGCAAAGGCGGUUGCUUUGUUGGUUAGUCCUGACAGCGAGUGGAUUAAUGGUCAAGUCAUCAGACUCAGCGGUGGUGGUGUUUAG